GUCGAAGUACUUUCUGUACAGCCUCUGACUGCUGAGUACUUCGUCGAUGUUUAUGUUGUCAUAUCGAGCAGGAACGCCCAUAGCGAGCGUGAGCAAACAAGAGAUGCAUAGGAACUCGAGGAACGUCUUCAUGGUGGAUAAUGACAACUUUCACUUCAUUGGGUAAUAAUUAAACAGCAUUGUCUCUCUAGACCCCCUGGGGGUAACUUUUGGAUAGUGGGGCACUACCUGAUGUAUAUAUUUCUUCAGCCCAGCAGCAAGUAUCUCAGAGUUCAUCCAGGUUUGAAGAGUUCUCGACAGUAUGCAUUCCUUCUUCAUUAUCUUGUUCCUGGUUGGAGUCUGCGCCGCGGCGACGACUUAUACCACCAAGUACGACAACAUCGACUUGGACGAGAUCCUCAAAAACGACAGGCUCUACAAGAAGUACUUCGAUUGUUUAGCCAACAAGGGCAAGUGUACUCCUGAUGGAAAAGAACUCAAAGAUAUCAUUCCUGACGCUCUCGCUACCGAAUGCAAGAAGUGCAGUGAGAAACACAAGCAAGGAGCGGAGAAAAUCCUAAGAUUCAUGAUCGAAAAGAAAGCCGACGACUACGCAGUCCUGGAGAAGAUAUACGACCCCCAAGGCCAGUACAAGAAGAAAUUCAUGGAACAAGCUGAGAAAAAGGGAAUCAAAAUGGUGGUUUAAAAAAUAACUGUUCGAUUCUAGUCGUCUAAAUUUCUCCUAUACUACUCUUGAUCAAUGUUAUUCAAAGUCAUAUGGCUGUAGAUUAUUAACUAUAAAGGAAUUUAC